CACGAGAUCUCGCAGUUUUUCGAUUUCCAUCUGUACAAGUUACUCCUGUUGUUUGCAGCUAUGACCAAGAAGAACUGUCCUCCUGGCAGCAAAUGGGACAAUCUCGUCAACACCUGUAUCCCAAAUGUGCUGGAAACCAGACCUGAAUCUCCAACAGGGUUGACCCCAGUUUUCCAUCAGAGAACCACAUCUCCUGAUGCCUGGGCAGACCCGGCAAGUGCCCUGAGUCCAGUUCUGUGGAUUGUGGUGGUGUUGACAACCCUGGGGUCCAUCGUGGCUUUGGCUCUCUGGUUUAUUAUAUACAGACAGCAAAGCAGACUCAGUAGAACCUCAGAAGAAAUGGAGCCUGGCCCAGAGCCUCCCCAGAAAAUAGAGCCACCUAUCGAAGGUCACUUUUCCGCCACACGGAGAGGGAGAAGUAUUCCAGAUGAGAUGUUGCGCAGAGCUUCAUCGGCCCCUCCAGCUUGUGCCCACCUUUACCACCAGGGACCCCACAACAUCUCAAAGUGGGAGGAGGGAUUAGGCGAUUGCAGGGGCCCCUGGAAAUGUCAGAAGGCAACAGGCAGAGGGGAAACAGACUGCGCUGAGGACCUUGGAGGUUUGCCAGUUUGCCAUGCAAUGAGAGCGCACAGACUUCCACUUCCCGCCACAGAACUGGGUGGCACUACCUUGGUUACAACCAAAACUAUGUAGUUUGUACUCCGGCUUCGGACUUCUUCCUCUGCAGGAUUCUGCGGCAGUCACAUGAAUGGUCACAAUUUGAAGCCAUCCAGAAGGUGAUCUCUUCAGUUUGUAAGUGUGGCUCACGUCACAUUCUCCAGUUCGCUGUUCAAACAGUUGAGUCCAGAUGACUGCCAAUGCCAAAAUGUUUUAGGGGCCGUCAUGAUUGAGCCCUACCAACUCUGCCCGGCAACAAAUGACGUCGCAAACAUUAGAGGUGACCUUAAAAAAGAAUCAGAGCAACUCAAUUAUACAUUGCUUUACCCGGUAGAUGAAUUUAAUGUCAUUUGUGACAUUUGCUAAUGAAUCCCAAUGGAUUUUUUCUCAUGUUUCCAAUUUGUAACAAAGCAAAUGGAGUAAAUUAAUUGGUUGGUCCCUUACCAAUUUGACAUAAGAACAUCACUGAUAAGAGGCCACCCCCACAUGUAGAAAGUGCACUGAAUACUUCAUUGUGUGUUUCAAGAUGAUGACUUCACAUCCAUGAUUCAACACUCACUUAGUUUUUUCUUCACUGCUCUUUUUAAAAAAAAAUUUACAUUAAUUUAUUUAUUUUUAUUUUUCAUAUAUUGUUAUAGUGUUUGUUUGACUCAUACAUCCAUUUUCUGAGCCGCUUCUCCUCACGCGGGUCGCGGGCAUGCUGGAGCCUAUCCCAGCUGUCAUCAGGCAGGAAUGCGGGGUACACCCUGAACUGGUUGCCAGCCAAUUGCAGGGCACAUACAAACAAACAACCAUUCGCACUCACAGUCACACCUACGGGCAAUUUAGAGUUGACAAUUAAUGCAUGUUUUUGGGAUGUGGGAGGAAACCGGAGUUGCCCACCCAGGCACGGGGAGAACAUGCAAACUCCAUACAGGCGGGGCCGGGGAUUGAACCCGGGUCCUCAGACCUGUGAGGCUGACGCUCUAACCAGUCGCCCACCGUGCCGCCUCAUACGGCUGUGAAUAGUUAACUAUACACUUGUAUCCCUCAACCUGUGUGUCAAUCAUGAGGAAUACUUUAGUCGAGCAUAUUGGACACUAAUCCCUAAAACAUAAAUCAAUGAGUGAAAACAAUGUGGUACACAACAAAUAUAAAACAUAUCAUUAAGAUAUCACUUAUUUGAUUUGGAUUCCCAUUUUAGGCUGAGCUCUUUAAAUAAUGGCGGUUUGUAUAUGAUGCCGUUAAAUGCCUUCCUUGCUCUUACUAAAAAGUUGAUGCGGGAAGGAUGGGCUGCAGGCAGUUGGAAAUGAAGAAUGAACACGAUGCAAAAAUAACUGCCUCAGCAUGCUGUGAGUCUCAGUUUCCACAUGCCUGCGUGAGUCACUGCAGCUAUGUCCAAACAAUUCUAGCAGUGUUCAUUCAAACAGGUGCAGAUUAUGGCUGACACUGCAUGGGGCAGUACUCUGUCAUCACAGAUAAGUACUGGGGUCAUCAGUGACAGCCAGGUGGAAGUAUUCUGGUGGGCUUUCCCCCUGAAAGCUGCUGUUGGUUUCUCUGCGUCUGGCGGACAACGUUUUCCUCUUUUCGAAGCUCUCUCUGCCUUCUCCGCGCUUUUCCAAGCUGGACACGAUCAUCUCCGCCAGGUCCUGCUGCAGUCGCUGGAAGUUCUCCCUGAAAACAACAUAGAGGGAAUACUAAGGAUGUCAGUUUGGACAUUUACGUCCCCUGUUGUGUAUUCACUUAUUGCCCACAUUAUUAGGUUCAUUUACAUUCCUCAAAAAACAAACAAUAAAGAGA